GCGACAGUUUCUAAGAAAUAGUCGAAAACAUUGCAAAGCAAUGUAAUCUUAACCUUAUUACGUACGUAAUAAAGUUUAAAUUUAGUUGAAGAACGGAAUCGAGAAACUUAUGAAUCCUUAGCCAACACACAGAUAUAAAUCAUUCGGAAUGUUGGUAGUUUGUUACAGAGAACAGCCAUAUUUGUUUUCGACAUUUCGAAUUUAACAACGUAUUUGUGAAGUUCGGUGUAUCUUGAAAAUUUUAUUUUCAUUGAUAAUAACUGUGUUAUUUGAUUACUAAUUGUAUUGUAAUGGAGAAUAUACGACAUUACAGUUAUAGGAAGUGUGCGUUUUGUGGUGUGCGAAAGUUACCCAAGUCUAACACGCUCCUUUCAAGUUUUCCUUUAGACCCAGAUCAAUGCCGAUUAUGGGUGAAAGCAACUGGUGAUGAAGAUUUAAUUCAUUUGCCGAUUGAGAAGUUGCAUGAGUUAAAGUAUAUAUGUGGUUCUCAUUUUGUGCCUGAGUUUUUCAAUACCAAAGGAAAUUGUUUACUUAAAACUGCAGUGCCAACUGUGAAGCUUACUAGACCACCUUUAUCUGAUGAUACUUUGAAUGAGUUUCCUUUACAUGUUAAGUCCUUUUAUGAAAUGAAGAAAAAGGACUCAGUUGUACUGGCAGAAAGUACCAAUAUCAAUACCAGAAUGGCAGUUGAGGAACUAUUCAAUUAUUUAAUGUAAAAAAUUAUAUUUCAUUUACUUCAUUUUGUUUGUAUCUUAAUUAUGAUAAGUAAAAGUAGACUAUA